AUGGAUCGACCCAAGCGAGGCUCCGAUCGUAGGGGUCCGAGACGCCAUCCUCGAAAUGCGUCCACCCACGCUGCACAAGGCGCAAGGCCCGCGCCAUCGCAGAAUCAGCCUCAGAUCCCACGAGUAGCGACUCCCCCGCUCACAGAGGCCGUCCCUGAAGACACGCCAAGAUUCGCUGACCUCACUGGACAAGGCGUCGUCCACCCGACUCUGAUUCAGACCAUCACACAAGACCUCAAAUUCGACCAUAUGAUGCCUGUCCAAGCGGCGACGCUUCGAGAACUGCUACCUCCGAACCGCAGCGACUGUCUCGUACAGGCGAAGACUGGUACUGGCAAGACCGUUGCCUUCCUCCUACCCGCCAUCCAAACCAUUCUAAAUAAGAACCGCGGCCGCAACGCUGGCAUUUCCCUUCUGGUCAUCUCUCCGACUCGUGAGUUGGCUAUGCAGAUUGCCAAGGAAGCCAACGGACUGCUGCAACGAAUGUCUGGCUGCCGAGUGUGUAUCGCGAUUGGAGGCACGAAUAAGAACUCGGAGGAGAGACAGAUCCUGUCCGGUUGCGACAUAUUGGUCGCAACACCGGGGCGGCUCUUUGAUCAUUUGGGUAACGAGGCGAUCAAGGAUGCGUUCAGCGAGCUGGAUACUCUUGUUCUCGACGAGGCUGACCGACUCCUGGACAUGGGCUUCUUGGGCGCUUUGAAGGACAUCGUCCGCUGCCUGCCAGACAAGGUCAAGUCAAACCGACAGGGCAUGCUGUUCUCCGCUACGAUUGCCCCCCACGUCCAACAGGUUGCAAACCUGAUCUUGUCCCCUGGAUACAAGUUUAUCUCCACUAUCCCGGCUGGUGAGGUCAACACACACGAGCGUGUGCCACAGCAACUUAUUGAGGUACCCACUUUCGCAGCAGUGGCACCGGCUAUGGUCGCCUCUAUUCGCGAAGAAGCUGCCCUUGUUGGGCCAGGAGCCUUUAAAGCCAUUGUGUUUGCGCCAACAGCAGCGCUUGCGGACUUCUACGGCCAUAUCCUUUCCAACCUCAAGGAUAUGCCCACUGUGUCUAUCCUUCACGCCAGAAUCUCCCAAGGCAAGCGAACCAAGACUACUAAUGAUUAUCGAAGCGCCAAGACUGGAAUUCUCGUCGCGACUGAUGUGGUUGCCCGUGGCAUGGACUUCCCCGGUGUGACGAGCGUCUUUCAAGUCGGCAUCCCCAGCGAUAAAGAGUCAUACAUCCACCGACUGGGCCGGACUGCCCGAGCUGGCGCCGAAGGCCGUGGCGUGUUCAUUGUCACUCAGCAGGAGUCUUUCUUCCCCAAGUGGACGCUGAAGGAGAUCACUUUCGUACCCCACGAAGUCUCCCUGUCAACUGCACCUGAGGUCGAGGCUAUUGCCGAACGAAUGGAAGACUCACAGAAGGCCAAGAUCUACCAGGCCUGGAUGGGCUACUACAAGGCGCACAUGAAGUCUCUCAAGUGGGACAACGAGCAACUCGUGGCAGAGGCAAACGUCUUUGCGCGGGAUGGUCUUGGAUCCGCCGGAACGCCCGCGAUCCAGAAAAGCACCGUGGGCAAGAUGGGGCUUCGAGGCACCAAGGGUUUGGUUGUUGUUCCGGAUGCUGCCAAGCCGCACCACAACCGUGGACCAGGCGGUGGAGGAGGAGAGGGCAGAAGUGCCGGGAAUGGUGGUCGUGGCGGCAGAGGUGGCUCAAGACGCUAG